AUGAAUUGCAGAGAAUGCAUCGACGUCACCCAGCGAAUGUGCCAGCGAUGCGGAGGCGGCUACUGCCUGAUACAUAACGAGGGGUCCGACCUCAUUGCGUGCGAAUGGUGCGUAGGGAGGACCCGGCUCAUGCUCAGAGGAGACCUCUACUGA